AUGGGAGAGAGAUGGAGAGGAAGACCCAGAGAGGGGGUGAAAUAAAGAUGGACGUGGGAGAGGGUACAGAGACACUUCUAAAGAAAGGUAGAGAGGUAGCUUGUGAGAGAGACAGAAAGGGGGAGGAGAGAUGGAGACAGGUCUGGCAGGAGACAAGAGGGCUAUUAGAGACGAGCAAAUGUCACCUGCCCUGGGGCUGCGGCCCUGUCUCGGUGAGGGAUGCGCUGAAUGUGCAGUCUGGCACGAGAUCCAGCUGAUGGACGUUGGGGGGUCCCAUUGCCUGCGGCCUGUCACAUCCCCUCCUCUGACUGCCGCCUUCCAGAGCUGGGCCCAGCCUUCCUUCAGCCGUGCUGCUGAGGCCCAGCCCUCUCUGCCUGGAGGUGGGGGCCGCCAGGAUGAGCAAGCUGUCUGGGGAGCCGGCCCGUGACCUGGAGCGCAGCCUGCCAGCCGUGGCCUCCCUCGGCUCGUCGCUGUCGCACAGCCAGAGCCUCUCCUCGCAUUUCCUCCCGCCGCCUCGCGAGAAGCGCCGGUCCAUCUCCGACGUCCGCCGCACCUUCUGCCUCUUUGUCACCUUCGACCUGCUUUUCAUCUCCCUGCUCUGGAUCAUUGAGCUGAACACCAACACAGGCAUCCAGAAGAACCUGGAGCAGGAGAUCAUCCACUACAGCUUUGAAACUUCCUUCUUUGACAUCUUGGCCCUGGCCUUCUUCCGCUUCUCCGGACUGCUCCUGGGCUAUGCUGUGCUGCGGCUCCGGCACCGGUGGGUGAUUGCGGUCACCACGCUGGUGUCCAGUGCAUUCCUCAUUGUCAAGGUCAUCCUCUCUGAGCUGCUCAGCAAAGGGGCCUUCGGCUACUUGCUCCCUAUCGUCUCCUUCGUCCUCGCCUGGUUGGAGACCUGGUUCCUUGACUUCAGAGUCCUACCCCAGGAGGCUGAGGAGGAGCGAUGGUAUCUCGCUGCCCAGGCUGCUGUCGCCCGAGGACCCUUGCUCUUCUCCGGCGCCCUGUCCGAGGGCCAGUUCUAUUCACCCCCAGAAUCCUUUGCAGGGUCUGACAAUGAAUCAGAUGAAGAAGUUGUUGGGAAGAAAGGCUUCUCUGCCCAGGAACGGGAGUACAUCCUCCAGGGGAAGGAGGCUAUGGCGGUGGUGGACCAGAUCUUGGCCCAGGAGGAGAACUGGAAGUUUGAGAAGAAUAAUGAAUAUGGGGACACUGUGUACACCAUCGAGGUUCCCUUUCAUGGCAAGACCUUCAUCCUGAAGACCUUCCUGCCCUGCCCCGCGGAGCUGGUGUACCAGGAGGUGAUCCUGCAGCCCGAGAGGAUGGUGCUGUGGAACAAGACGGUGACAGCCUGCCAGAUCCUGCAGCGAGUAGAAGACAACACCCUCAUCUCCUACGAUGUGUCUUCGGGGGCCGCGGGCGGUGUGGUCUCCCCCAGGGACUUCGUGAACGUCCGACGCAUCGAGCGGCGCAGAGACCGAUACCUGUCAUCGGGCAUCGCCACCACCCACUGCGCCAAGCCCCCGACACACAAAUAUGUCAGGGCCGCCUGCCCCGGUACCUCAUCCACCAGAGCCUUGCAGCCACCAUGUUUGAAUUUGCCUUUCAUCUGCGGCAGCGCAUCGGAGAGCUGGGUGCACGGGCAUGAGCAUGCCCCCUCACCACCCUGCGGGCCAGGGUCCUGUCGCCACGGCCUCCAGAGCCAGAGGAGGGGCCGGUUGGGCUUCCCGCUGCCCACAGAGGACCUGGCCUCAAACAGUGGGGAGGAAGGGGCUUCCUCCCACAGCAGCCCCUCGGCCCCCAGCUGCCACCCUCCACGCGCUUCACUGUGCCUGGAAGCCCUGGCCGUGGGCAGGUUGAGAGCUCAAGCGUCUGACUCUGCCGCUGAGGCCAGUGGGGUCCAUCCUGCCGACGUUUACAUGGCGUCCCUGUAAACGUCUCCUCCUGGAAGAGGAGAUCUGCUGUCCCCACCUGGCCAGGCCGGGGUCUGGAAUGGGAACCUCGGACUUGGUUGGGGAGGACCCUGGGCAGGACAGAAGUCAGGGCAGCCUUGUCACCAGUGUGAAGGCGCAGGACCCCCUUCUUCCGCCUGCUCUCUCAUCACGGUGUUUUAGGAUUACUUAAAGGGUCUGGGACCUUUUUCCACUUGCACUUGUGGGGGUGUAGGUUGUAGGUGGGAGUGGUGGGUGCUGGCAGGGAGCCUGCCUCUCCCAGGUUCUCUUCAGGUUGCCUCCCUCCCGCCCAGGGCCUCGUUGGGGACCUUUGUAAUUUGAGCCAAUUAAAAACAUGAACUCAAAAAAAAAAAAAAAAA